UUUCCUUAUCUUACCUCGCGCGCAGCCUCUCACACCUGUGAGGGUGACCAUGAAACUUAACCCUGCUGCCUUCAGCAACUUUGCAGUUAUUGCGAUUAUCCUUUCUCCAGCAUGUCAACCUGCACCGCAGCAUUCACCAUGUACCUUUGGAACAGGCAUGAGUUACCCAGAUGAAUCAACUAAUGAAGAAUUCCCGGGAAUGAUCACGUGUCCGAAACUCAGUUGCGCCUGCGGAGAAAAAGCAACGUGUUUGAAUAAAGGAAGCUCGUGUGCUUGCACAUGCGUGAAAAUGUACCAAGAUUGCUCCUAUCCUUGGCGAACGACUUGCCUUACUAGCUGCAGAAGUAGCCAUAGGUGCCUAUGCACAUGCGCUGGCCCGAUCCCCGAAUACAUCCCUAGGCAGCCCUGCUGUCCUGAACAUAUUACCAACGCCAAGCCGGCUCCAACUCAACCCUGUUGUCCCAACGGACAACAGGGUGCGGUUGCCCUUCCAGCUCAAAGCCCACCGUGCUGCCAGCAAUUUAUGGGGAGACGUUGAAGUAUUCACGAUGGUAUUAAAUGGUUUGUCUGGACUGACA